UUCAUUUUGGAUUGUUGUGAGUGGGUUUACGACGUUUAUCCCCCCCGCCGCCGCCCUCCAUUUUCAAUGCCGGGCAGUCAGGCGGAAGUGGCCGCGACCAUUUUGAAAAACACGAGCAGCAGCACCAGCAGCAGCACCAGCAGCGCUAAGCACCAUGGACAAGGGUCAAACGGUGAAGCUGUUUGUGGGCAACCUGGCAUUGGAAAGCACCCAGGAGGAGCUGUCGGCCAUCUUCGAGCCGUACGGUCACGUGGUCAGCUGCAGCGUGCUGCGGCAGUUCGCCUUCGUGCACCUGCAGGGCGAGGGCGCCGCCGAGCGCGCCAUCCGCGAGCUCAACGGGCGCGAGUUCCGCGGGCGCAACUUGGUGGUGGAGGAGUCGCGGGGGCGGCCGCUGCACUCCACCAAAGUGUUUGUGGGGAACCUGAGCGGCAUGUGCACCACAGAGGAUCUCCAGCAGCUCUUUCAGACUUUUGGGAAAGUGCUGGAAUGCGACAAAGUCAAAGCCAGGCAUUCGUCUUCCGUAGGCUACGCCUUCGUGCACAUGGAGAACAAGGAAGACGCGCUUCAGGCCAUCGAGGCGCUUCACGGCACUUCCUUUAAGGGGCGGCCCCUUUCCGUGGAGCUCUCCAAAGUUCAGCCCAGCAAGCAGACGCCCACCGGGAAGAUUCCUUGCGUCAAUUGCGGCAAGCAGGGCCACUACGCCGGCGAGUGUCCCGUGGGGAAGCCCACUCUGGAGCAGUACCAGAGUCAGGCGGCCGUACUGGCCGCGGCGGCGGCCGCCGCCGCCGGCCUCCCUCUCCAAGUGCAGCAGAGCGUGCACAACUCGGUGUACAACACGUCCACCUUCGAUCCCACGUACGCCGCCCUCACCGGGAUCACCACGGGCACGCGCACCGACGGCAACCCCGUCAACCCGGCGGUCUACGGCGCCCUCGCCAGCCAGGUGUACGGCGCCAACGUGGCCAAUCAGCUGUACGGAUCGGUGGCCAACCAGGCCGCGCUGUCGUCGGGAGCCGCUCAAGUUUACAGCUCGGUCGCCCCCAACCUCUACGGUCAGGUGGCGGCCAAUCCCGCCGCGGCGGCCGCUUACACGACGCCCGUUUACACGCCGUCGAUGGCCAACUCCAUCUACCUGACCGCCGCGCCCGGGAUCGAAAUGCAGUCGGCGGCGGCGGUCAACCCCGCCUACACAGUAGCGCCUGCGAUGUCGCCCGCCUACGCUCACAUCACCGCCAUGGGUGCCGCAGACCCCGCGACGGCCAUCUUUGAAGUGGCCAGACAGGCCCAUUAUUUUGCUCAAGGUCAGCAGGUCGUGGCCGAGCAGCAGACGGCGGCGGCGGCCAAGUCUGGCGAACGGGACCGCAGUCCGCUCCGACGGACGGCCUCCCUCCUGCCGGACCCCGUCAUGAAGCCGUUUAUAUACCAGCGGGCCAAACCGCGGCGCUCGCUGCUCCCGACGCCCGCCGGCCGCGCCGCCGAGGAGGCGUCGUCGGAGACGGCCGAGGACCACGUGGCAAGAUACUAUGCUGACUACUACCAGCAGCUGCAGCAGUACCCUCACUUCCAGUACGCCUACCCCUCCCCCGGGGCCAUGAGCGCCAUCCCCGGCAUGCAGGCGGUGCCCGCCCAGCCCGUGGCCGCGCUGGACGCCCUCAGGCCAGUGGUCCCCGCCGCCGCCGCUGUGGCAGCAGCCAUGGCUGCGCCCAGGGUGUAUGAGCCGCCGUUGCCGCCGACCACGCGCAAGGAGUCCAUCCUCCGCCGCCCCGAACUCUCCCUUCACACGCCUGAGCCCCCCUUCCGAUAGUCUGCCCCUCCUCCCCCACCCCUCCUUUGCUCAAUUCCUCCUCAAACGGGCUGUUUUGUGUGUGUUUGUUGGGGGAGGGGGGAGGAGGGUAGGGGGGGGGGGGGGGCUAUUAACCUGCUUGACCAGCUGUUCUGUUCGUCAUGCAGCGCAGCCCCUCACCCGUUGGCCGUCUUUGACCUCUAUCGUUGUCGUGCCGGUAGUGAGGACACACACGCUACUCUCAAAAGUCGGGCCGCGUCCGUCCAGCUGGUCGACGUUUGAGUACGUUUUGCACAACUUGCUGUUCUCGAACAAGGAGCCGAAUGGCAAAAUUCACAAGCGGGCGGUUGAGCCUUGAAAACGUCUCGUCCGAGCUGUCCGAUGGAACCUGCCGAUGAAACUGUGACGCUCUCAGCUCCUGGUGAGCAAUUGUUAGGCGUCGUCAAAUGUCAUCCUUUCAACGAAAAGAUGAUGAGGACUAUAGAGAUACCAUUUGCAAUUGAACCAGGAUGUGUAUCGGUCCAUUUAUGUGCAUUCCAGAAAAGCAAGUUGAGAGCUCAGAGUGUCAUCGGCCGAUUGCAACGGAGCGACUGGAAGAGUCACAGAAAGACGCGGAAGUGGACAUUUUCAGAGAUCAAACGCCUGUUGUGAAAUUUUCCGUUCGGGUCCUUGUUAGAGACACGCAAGUUGUGCAAAAAAGUACUGAAACAUUGAACCGCUGGACAUCGCUGGCGUCGGGCGGAAACCUCUCGCCGCAUCUCCAAAAGCGGCACAUUUCCGGAAACCAAAGAAACGGCAUGUUUGCUCAGAAUCGUCAAGAAUAGCAAGCCAUUUUCAACACUUUACAUUGCUCACGAAUUAGUUUUUAAAAAAAAAAAAAAAAAGUGUGGAGACUGCUCACCACCAAAUUAGGACAAAGGAGGUUUGGGCCCGACACUAGUGAUAAUGGUUAUAGUGCAUUUCAGGUUCAUCCUGAAAUGUUUCCCUGGUAGCCCAGUGUCCCGGACUUUUUGCGAGUAGUGAACUUUGACUUUUUUUUUUGUUGUGCCAGUAGUGAGUCGCCCCCGCGACUCACCUUCUUCGCCUUUAUUGUCGAGUUCCUUGGGGUCGGACCCGCGACUUGGAGUCCGGUUCAGUGCCGCUCGCCACCCUCCCGUGAGUUUUGAUUGCCUUAUGUUAGUUUAGCGAAGAGGUCGUACAAGCACACGCUGUGUGGCGGCUGCAUUGUGACGGACAGAAGCGAGCGUCCGCGAGGUGUGUGUGUGGGGGGCGUGGGGGGUGGGGUGCGUACUUAAAGCUCACAUGGGCUUUAACCGUUGUUUCUUCCCCACAACCCCUUGCUGUCGUCAUGGCAAAGCGGGAAGCCACUGUCUCACCUCUUUCUUGGUUUUAUACAGUUGUCUACCUCUUGUUCCUCAUUUCACCUCCCCUCCACAUACCCUUCUUUAGAGGUCUAUUUUUUUUUUUAAUUAAAAGUGGCGUCUUUUAGUUUGUUAUUGCGCUGCAUGUUGACUAGUGAAUGAGAAGCUGGACUCCGUGCCUACACAACAAGUGCUUUUAACGUUCAUUGUCUGGGGGGGGGGGGGUCAUUUGCGUUAAUUUCACAGGGAAGACAUUGUGGCACAGUGGUGAGCAAAUAAGAGCACAAUUGGGGGCGGGGGGGGGGCAGUAUCUUCCUGUACCCCAGGUGGCAUCCCGACCGCUCUGACGAAGAAGUGUUUGCAAUCCUAUUUUUGCAAAAUUGAACUAUUUGAUAGCUGCACAUAGACACACACCCCCCCCCCCCCCCCCCCCCCCCCCCCCCCCCCCCAAUCAACCGACUGCCUUGCUUCUCGCCCCUUCCCGUCCCCCUUGUGGUGAUCAGAGUGUAAUCUUGUGGUUGCAUCCUUUGUAGAACUUUGUGUCAACUUUUUUUGUGUCUUGUUGUUUUAUUGAGGGCAUGCUCUGAUUGACACACGUGUAUCCAAACUUGAAUAAACGCUCUUUGGAUGUUUAGUGCUGACUAAAGCAACACAAAGCUUGGGCCAUGUACGCUUCUUCUUCUUCUUCUUCUUCUUCUUCAUCAUGCGGGGCGGGGUGGGGGUGUGGGGGGGUUGGCUGUGGUGGAUGUGUCGCCACAUUCUCCCUGCGUGUGUUUGUGUGUUCACUGUGCAUGACGCCACCGACUCGCCACGGCCCCCUCUCCCCCCACUAACUGUCUCAACUGAAUUAGGUCACCUGGAUGGCGGUGUGGAUGACUUUUUAGCGUGACGUCAGUCGCCACCGAGGUAAAUGAGCAGAGCUUUAUCUCCUACCUCCCCCCCUCCCCCCCACCUCAACCUCUCUGGCACCGGGCCUGAAGCCACCUCGCUCGCGUGUGCGUUGUGUCACCGGGGGCACGGACCAUCUCUCCCCUGCCCAAAAGUCGAUCCCGUUCCGCCGCAUUCGCCGCCCUCACGCCCGCCCUGCCCCUCCCCGCCGCCGUUCACACACCCGUGCUUUCUCCCGCCGCCGCCGGAUGUGACUCGACCUCCGGUGCGUCCCACCGCCUCACACUUGUUGCCAUGGAGAUGAGAGAAUGGCGGUGAAAGGUGGUGCGCGUGUGUCUGUGUGUAUAGUGAACCUCUGUUUAUUACGGGGGAUACAUUGCACACUGUAGUAUAGAGAAGCCAAGACAGUUUUAUAUUUUUGCCACACCCUUACGCUCCAAACAUAUUUGAAAUCAUUAAAACAGUCUUUAACGUAUUCCUUUGCGCCUUUUCUCGCUGUCAAGAAAUGGGAGCCUACCAUAUAACGUCACCUUGAAGAAACGAAGACUUGAAGAAACGAAGAUUUUAAGACCGCUAUGUUCAGCCAUUAUAAAAGUCUGCUAGCUUAUUGCUAAAAUAAUGCAAAAUGUCAUAGACGUGCUGUAAUUGUAAACCGAACACACCAUACGGCUUUACUCACAGGCAUAUAUGCGCUCUGCCCUGUAGGAACAACAACUAUUACUUUGUUUAGUCUCAGUCCUCCUUCUGCAUGUCUUCCAGUAGACGGAAAUUUGGAUUUGCCAUCAACCCAUCAAAACAAUUGCUUGAAAAUCUGCGGUAUAGCAGGAGCACGAAAGUUGAACUGUGAUAAAGCGGGGGUUCACUCUACCGCAAAAAUUGCUUUGCCACGUCGGGGGUGUGUGCGUGUGUGUGUGUGUGGCGGGGGCCAUUUUGUGGCGGUGUCCUAUAAGAUUUGGGCCGGUGCCACCUGCAGAUUGUCAACAAUCUCAGAGUUCUUAUAGGACGGUUGUGGACAUUUGCAAGAUGGAGGAGGGAAACCUUACAAGGUGAGUGUUGGUGCCUACUUUCUGAUUUUGAAGGCCACGUAAAUUUUUACAUUUUUCUUUUAUAUCUAAAUCUACUUUUCAUUUCUUCCUUGAGCGCUACGUAUAUGGAGUCGGCCCCUGCUGUUCGCAGGUUAGGGGGAGCGAGCCGGGCCCCGAUGAGCGAAUUUCCGCAAAUAAUCGAAGCACCCUAAAUAUGGGACAGUAAUGUAUUAAUUGCUUAAACCAUAAAUACAUGUACACCACAAUCAAACUGUGAUCCCAAACACUUUAGCGUUUAGUGUUUCAAAUACUUACAAACAUCUUCAAACCUUGCUUUCCCCUAAUAACACAGUAAGCUGCUUCCCCCCCCCCUAACUAUGCACGUACUCGGUGUGCUGCGUGCCGUACGCGUUGGCAACGUCGUUUUGUCGACACAAACUUUUGUUUUUGUUUUUAUUGCUGCUAUUUUGUGUAGUUGGAGCUCUGUGCUUCCCCUCCAAAAGGUGACAGAAUUGCUUUGGAGAACCUUCAGGUGAGUGCGCCACGAUGCCAACUUUCAGCAUACCUUACACCGUCAGCGGUGCUAACACGUCAAAGGAUUCUUUUACCAUACCCUGACUCUCCCGAAGCCCAGCCGGCACCGCGACGGGCAACGGGGCGAACGGACCGAGCCGUUAGAAGACGGCGACACGGCCACGCUAAGCUAAAGCCACACUACUGUAGACUAGCUAGUGUGCGACGACUAGCUAGCUCUUUCGCCUGCUUUCGAAGACAACGCUAGCUGAGCGGCGGACAUUGAAGUGUUAAAGGUAACCCCUUUGUUGUUUAGGCAAUGUGAGUGCAUUACGGUAUGGUACUGUACGAGCACUUGCUACACGACAUGGUAGAUAAACAUGGUCGCAAUGAACCAAUUGGAACUAUUCUCUGAAACUACGUACAGACGUAUUGUAAACCAUGAAAAAAAAUCACUUUCACACCACAGUAAAGGAAAAAGCUCGUAGGCGGGGUUCCCCAAAAUAUUUGCAAACGGUUCGAGUCGCGAUUUCCGAGCUUGGAGUAUGCGGGGGUUGACGUAAAUGUACUAGCUCUUUGGGCAUGCGUUUGUAGACAUUUGUAGACAAAUGCAGAUGCCCCCCACAAGGGCCGUCAGGUUGUGUCCCAGCCGGUUUUGACUUUGUCGCUUUUCCGGCAUCCGUAACCUUGGUGACAGGACCGGUCGAGAAACUUGUGUAGUCGAAUUUCACAGAGUGGAGGCACAUGCUAUACUAUACUGUACUAUACUAAGGAAAUGAAUUAAUAAAAGGUCCAAUUUGACCAAAAA